AUGACCACGUCCGAUCAUGCACCACCUGCACGAAAAUCUCCUUGCACAUUCCCAUUGUUGACGUUUCUUACGACGAACGGAAAAUCGAACCGUGAUAAACUUGGAUCACACCACGCCCGGAAUGUAGCCAAAACUUGGCACACACAGACUGCAUCCGUUAGUAACAGAGCUUGUUUGUCAUUUACAGCCCGGCUGGUGCACGAAGAUCUCACGUCAGAGAAACGGAAAAUAGAGCACACAGACGGUGUGUCGCUUUGUACGGAACGUUGCAAGCGACCGCGGUGUCAUUCGUUUUUUAGGAAAUCGGUUGCUGACGGGUAUCAUUCGUUUUUAGAACAUCGGUUGCUGGCUAUUUGCCGUCACAAACGCCGAAACUCUCCAAGACUUUCUUGCAUUCGCAUGUAUGAAUUUUUCUUUUUUCCAGGUUGUGCUACGACCAGCAACAACGCUGUAUUCGUGCAAAAAUCUGCGGAUUAG